GGGUGUAACGGAUGUUGUAGUCUGGCCGCCCUGUUGGCUGGUCCAGCAACAUCGACCGGCAGGAUGUCGGACGUGCGGCUGCCACCGCUACGCGCCUUGGACGACUUUGUUCUGGGGUCGGCGCGUCUGGCGGCUCCGGAUCCACACGACCCGCAGCGAUGGUGCCACCGCGUCAUCAACAACCUCCUCUACUACCAAACCAACUACCUUCUCUGCUUCUGCUUCGGUCUCGCUCUGGCCGGGUACGUGCGCCCGCUGCACACGCUCCUAAGCGCGCUGGUAGUGGUGGUGGCCCUCGGCGUGCUGGUGUGGGCAGCUGAGACCCGCGCGGCCGUGCGUCGCUGCCGCCGCAGCCACCCCGCCGCCUGCCUGGCCGCAGUGCUUGCCGUCGGUCUCCUCGUUCUCUGGGCCGUGGGCGGCGCUUGCACCUUCCUGCUCAGCAUCGCCGGGCCGGUGCUUCUGAUCCUGGUGCACGCGUCGCUGCGUCUGCGCAACCUUAAGAACAAGAUUGAGAACAAGAUUGAGAGCAUUGGUCUCAAGCGGACGCCAAUGGGGCUGCUACUAGAGGCGUUGGGACAAGAGCAGGAGGCUGGAUCCUAGGGGCCUGGGAUCCGUAUCCAGGACCUGGAGAACACCACAUCCCUAGCUCGUAUCAGGGAUCCAGAGCCGUCUCCCAACCAUUAAAGUAGGAGCCUAGAGCACCCCACCCCUCGGCUGUGUCAAAAGACCAGGACACCUGUACUGCCCCAAUCCCACCCGAAAACUAGGAUAUCCCUCACACCCAGCCUCCGUUACCUAGGGACCAGAGUCUUCCUUAACCCUGAAUUAGGACCCAGAGCCACCUACUUCAAAACUGGGGCUUGAGACCAGAGCAUCCAUGACCAAUCGCAAACUGUGGACUCAGAGACACUCCCCCAAACCAAAUCUGGGACCCACCCUUCUCCAAUAUUCAGCCCCAAAGCUGAGGCCUGGGGCAAAGCAUUCUCAAAUGUUGAAUUCUGGACCAAGGCUUUUCCAGACCCCACCCCAGUUUUGAACCUGAGUCGAGGAAUUACCAAAUCUUGAACCCAAGACCCAAGUGUUCCCAGCCCCCCAUCUGGGUGGAGCCAGGUACCCUCUGUUUGAAUCCUUGGUCCCAGGUGACCCCAACACUCACCAGUCCCACUUACCUCCCUCCAGCUCUGCUUAGGGAUUUUGCCCCUCCCUGCAAUGCUCCAUAGUGGUGAGGACCAAGGGGUAGGGUGUCCGGGGAUAGGCUCCAACUGGGAAUGGGGCAUAUAUAUCAGUGUUGCCGCAACAAUAAAGGCUGUUGCAUCUAAGCCAA